AUGCGCAAACGAACCGUCACCUCGAGCGCGACCGCGCUGCUGCUCCUCACAGCCUCCGUGGUAAGCGCAAAGCAUGGAGUUCACGAGCAUCUCGAGUCACUCCACAAACGACACCGCGCGCAUCGCCACUUGGAUAUGCGAUCAACGGCCGAGAACGGCGCGCAAGGCAUUGAAUUGAGGUCUGUCGAGGAGACAACAUCAAAGGCACCGGUCGAGAAGCGAGGUGGACAAUGCGCCUUUCCCACAGAUGCUGGUUUGGUUGCAGUGACUCCAGGGGAACAGAAUGCGGGAUGGGCCAUGAGUCCUGACCAGCCAUGUUUACCUGGAAACUACUGUCCAUAUGCUUGUCCACCCGGUCAAGUAUCGGUGCAGUGGGAUCCUAGCGCGACAUCAUAUUCGUAUCCCAAGUCAAUGAACGGUGGCUUGUAUUGCGACAACAACGGCAACAUCCAGAAACCCUUCCCAGACAAGCCAUACUGCCAAUCCACAGCCACCAACAUCGGUGUACAGAACAACGCGGGUGGUGUGGUAUCCUUCUGUCAGACCGUGCUUCCUGGCAAUGAAGCCAUGCUCAUCCCGACUUCUGUUUCGGAUUACGCCACUCUCGCUGUCCCAGACACCAGCUACUGGUGCGGGACUGCUGCACACUACUACAUCAACCCUCCUGGCAUCGACACUGAGACGGCCUGUGUUUGGGGAACGCACGCCAACCCCUAUGGCAACUGGUCGCCGUACGUGGCCGGUGCCAAUGUCGACAAGUCCGGAAACACUUUCAUCAAGUUGGGAUGGAACCCGAUCUACCUCGAGCCGACCACGCCUUUCCGCAACGACAUGCCAAACUGGGGUGUCAAGGUGGACUGUCCCAACGGUGGAUGCCACGGCCUUCCCUGCUCGAUCGACCCUAGCCAGAACCAGGUCAACCAGAUGGUUGGUAGUGCGAGCGAUGGUGCCGGUGGUGGCGCAUUCUGCGUCGUCACUGUAGACCAGGGCGCAACCGCGAACUUCGUCGUCUUCAGCUCGGGAGGUGACCAGAGUGACAACAACAGCAAUGGCAACAGCAAUAGCGGCAGUAGCAGUGGUAGUGGUAGCUCGGCAACUGGCUGGAACAAGGGUGGCCAGUUCUACCAGACGACCACCAGCCCGGUAGCUUCGACCAGCCCCUCGACGACGUCAAGCACGACGACCUCAGAAUCCACGACUUCGACCGCUUGGGCAUGGUCCUCCAGCACCACCACGAGCUCAACGCAGGUUCAGACUUGGACAUCAGCUUCCUCUAGCACCUGGCACUCGCGAGCGCCUACACACUCGCCUUACUACUCCAUCUUCAACUCGACGACGAUAUCUACAGGGAGAGUCGACUACAGCUCAGUCGAAGCAACCGCGACUCCGUCCGGUCCUACCGCGUCGGCUCAACCUUCGAUAGUAUCUGCUACCGGAGCGGCCUCGUCAGUCCAGGUGUCCGUUGUGGGAUUGUUAUCCGCUCUGGCCUUUUACGCGGUGGCAGCACUGUGA